AUGAACCUUAACACAAGUGCUCUACCCAAGAUCCUCCACUACAACCAUUCUACCCAAGAUCCUCCACUACAACCAUUCUACCCAAGAUCCUCCACCACAACCAUUCUACCCAAGAUCCUCCACUACAACCAUUCUACCCAAGAUCCUCCACUACAACCAUUCUACCCAAGAUCCUCCACUACAACCAUUCUACCCAAGAUCCUCCCAAGAUCUACCCAAGAUCCACUACAACCAUUCUACCCAAGAUCCUCCACUACAACCAUUCUACCCAAGAUCCUCCACCAACACAACCAUUCUACCCAAGAUCCUCCACUACAACCAUUCUACCCAAGAUCCUCCACUACAACCAUUCUACCCAAGAUCCUCCACUACACUACAACCAUUCUACCCAAGAUCCUCCACUACAACCAUUCUACCCAAGAUCCUCCACUACAACCAUUCUACCCAAGAUCCUCCACUCAACCAUUCCCUCCACCCAAGAUCCCCAAGAUCCUCCACAACCAUUCUACCCAAGAUCCUCCACUACAACCAUUCUACCCAAGAUCCUCCACUACAACCAUUCUACCCAAGAUCCUCCACUACAACCAUUCUACCCAAGAUCCUCCACUACAACCAUUCUACCCAAGAUCCUCCACUACAACCAUUCUACCCAAGAUCCUCCACUACAACCAUUCUACAAGAUCCCAAGAUCCUCCACUACAACCAUUCUACCCAAGACCCAAGAUCUCCACUACAACCAUUCUACCCAAGAUCCUCCCACUACAACCAUUCUACCCAAGAUCCUCCACUACAACCAUUCUGCAAGAUCCUCCCAAGAUCCUCCACUACAACCAUUCUACCCAAGAUCCUCCACUACAACCAUUCUACCCAAGAUCCUCCACUACAACCAUUCUACCCAAGAUCCUCCACUACAACCAUUCUACCCAAGAUCCUCCACUACAACCAUUCUACCCAAGAUCCUCCACUACAACCAUUCUACCCAAGAUCCUCCAAGAUCUCCACAAACCAUUCUACCCAAGAUCCUCCACUACAACCAUUCUACCCAAGAUCCUCCACUACAACCAUUCUAUCCACUACCCAAGAUCACCAAGAUCCACCACAACCCAAGAUCCUCCAUUCUACCCAAGAUCCUCCACUACAACCAUUCUACCCAAGAUCCUCCACUACAACCAUUCUACCCAAGAUCCUCCACCACAACAACCAUUCUACCCAACCACACAACCAUUCUACCCAAUCCUCCACCACAACCAUUCCUCCUACCAAGAGCUCUCCACAACACAACCAUUCUACCCAAGAUCCUCCACUACAACCAUUCAUUCUACCCAAGACCCUCCACCAACACCUCCACCACCAAUCAUUCUACCCAAGAUCCUCCACCACAAACCAUUCUACCCAAGAUCCUCCACCACCAACACAAGCCAUUCUACCCAAGAUCCUCCACUACAACCAUUCUACCCAAGACCCCCACCAACACAAACCCAAGAUCUGCCCUACAAGAUCCUCCACUACAACCAUUCUACCCAAGAUUCCCCUCCACCAUUCAACACAACCGCUCUACCCAAGAUCCUCCACAACUCACACAUAGCUUGA